CUAUUUAGAUCGUUCUGAAUACAAAACGUACUUAUUAAGCUUUCAGACUGAGAUGAAAUUUCAAAGAACACGAAAUAGCUUAAAUUACUUAUAUGUUGCGGCGCGUUAGUGUCGAGGGCGCAGGCGCGAUGGUGCAGGCGCGCGCACCCCAGCCGGCUGUCACCAGGGGCAGCACUCCGCCGGCUGACCGACCCUAAGGCGCACGCGGCCAUCGCUCGCCCAGCGCAGCAACACCGGCCCCUUGCGGCCAGGAGCCUCGGCGCUUCUAACACCUUCCACAACUGCCACCCGAAGGAAUCGCCACAGUUCCGGCGUUCGAAGAAAAGGCCCAUUGCCUAUAAGAGAUGGAAAUCGUGCCAGAAGGGAAAAACUUUCGAAUAGUUCCUGAAGACGAACUUCAAGCGGUGGCCGAUUUCUUAGUGCGGUACAUGCCUGAAUCUCUAAAGCCAAACAGUCAAAUUUACGAAAGCGUGACGGUGUUUUGUCCAUCCGCCCGGGCUGAUCUAGUUGAUCUGGUGACUUCAGAAAGCAUCCUACUAGAUUUAACUCAACCAUUGUACCUAAAUUUCACUCACGAAGCUAUCGUUAAUCGCUUCGAGAAGCGCUAUGAGGCCCACGAUAAGAUCACCGGCGAUGUUUAUGCCUGUGACAAUCCACCGGCGGAUGUCGAUACUGAUGGAUUGCCACCGGACGUGGAGUUAGUGCGCUUGCAGCCGGAGCACAUGAAGGCCGUGCACGAUCUUUAUCCGGCAAGUGAUAUCGAAUGUCGUGAGGUAUUUGAGAAGUUGGUAGCCGAACUACCGGCCUACGGGAUCUUUGUCGAAGGUCAACUUGCCGCUUGGAUGGUUCAAUCAUACUACGGAGCCAUGUUCUCUAUGCAAACUCGCCCCGAAUUCCGUAGGAAAGGUUACGGUAUUUACUUAGCUCGCCGCCUAACUAAAGAAGUCGCAGCCCGGGGCUAUAAGCCCUUCGUCGUCAUUCGUCCGGAAAACGACGCGUCCCGUUCGCUUUACACGAAACUCGGCUUUGAGAAACGUUUCCGAACGGUGCGCGCCGUUUUGCGUCCUCGCUAGCGUAUUAGAGUUGGUCACUAGCAGAUUUUAUUUUUUUAAGACUUUUGAAAACAAAAAUCAAUUUAGCUUACGGUCUUCGAUCGUCUAGAGAAUUUUAGUAUCUAGUAGCUUUAAGGUUGGGGCGGUUAGUGCUCUCGGUCGUGACUCGAAUAGUCGAAAAAAAAAAACUCGAAUGAUGUUAGCUCCGUUGUAUCGUACAACAUUAAACUCUUAGAUUUAAUAAUAGGGCCUCUGCUGUUUUUGCCUUAAGCAUUAUCAUCUCCCAACAUUAUACCAUUUCAACAACGAAAGCUUCCUUGUUAAAUUCAAACUCCUAGUUAAAUAAUUUUAGUGUAUACUUCUAGGAGCCGAAGCUUGCCAGUAUUUACAGUCAUUAUCGAGAGCUGUGGCCGUUCAUCGCGAUCUCUGAUUAUAACCUAGUUACUAAUUUCAACGACCAUAUUAUUAUGUAAAGUUGUAAGCUAUAAUCGGACCCUACAAAUCCCACCAAGUACAACCUGAAGGGUUUUUCGUUUGUUAACGCGUUGAGUCUCAUGUGAUGACCGCACAGACGUCUGCUCGACCAAAUACUGGGAGGUGCCAGCAAUUGGUCGAGUGGGAACUGCUCUGUCUCAUGGUUUAUAAAAUUUUGGGACCCGUUGUGACGUAUGUGAUAAAGCCGUUAGAGUUAACGAGAUAAAAGAUGAAAUGGGGUGGUUAACACUAAGGAACAAAGUUUACAAUUGCACCUCCGAUUUGCAAAGAUGUUUAAUCAAACACCGUUUUCAAAUAUUGUUAACAUAAAUAUAUAUAUAUAUAUAUAUUACGGAUUUAGCUUUCAUAAUUUGUAUACUCGGAUUGGAUGUGUAGGAAAGAAACAAUAUCUUGAUAAGAUUAGAAGGAAAAGAGGAUGCUUUUUACUUUUUUCCAUUAUUAUUUUUUUGAGCAUGUUUCCGACCGCUUAGUACCAAUACCACGAUUAUGUAUACGUACCGAAUUCUUAUCAUAAAAGUCGGAUUUUGUAUUAAAUUUGUAUUUAAGUGAAACUGAAGAGUUUCUUUAAAACUGCAGUUUCAGUAAAAGACUUUGAAUCGUUUAAAAUGUCUCUGUUGGGAGAAAAACAUUUAAAUUUUUAUACAAAAACGUGUUUGUAGUUAGGUAGAUGUUUUUAAUACGUAUUUAUUAAAAUAUGGUCCUAGGUUCAUUAUUCUUUGUCUCUAAUAUGUACCUACAAUUUCAUUUCAUUUCAUUAAGUUAUUAUUAGAUAACUAUGUGUGCUUUUUGGAAACUUUGUUCAGGUUAUGUUUAGUCUUCCUAAACAGUGGAAGGCGUGUUGUUUAAAUUCAAUAUUGGUCACAAUCUUUUCGCCUUCACAUCACCGUCACAUUCAUUGUGAUCUCAGGCAUUGCCCUUGGCAUAUAACGGUAGUACCGUAAUAAAGCGGUACACAUUUUGUCAAAUAUUUUAUUAAUUCAUACAUAAACGAAUACCUACGUCAUCCACAAUCACUUAAUAGGAAAGUUUUCUAUGAAUCUUUUGAUGUGCGCUUAAAAACGAAUGGGCGGAAAUUCAUUUUUGGCAAACAGCUCUAUUUUCUUGUUGGAACGAAUAAAUCAUACCUAUACUUACAGGAAAAAUGUUCCAUUGCUUUUGAGCAAAAAAAAAUCUUAGAAGAGAUUUGACCAGGCUCCUUGGCGAUAGGCAACGGCUGCGCUAUGUCCCUGACAUUGCUAAUGGCUACGAGCGUCAAUGACUUCUUACCUCAACUUGCUGAAGCUGUUUUGAGAGAUAUUAAAAAAUGUUAAAGUACCUAUAGACAUAAUUAGGCCAAAAAUUAGGAAUGCCUAGUAAAAGGUAAUCGUGAUCGAUAUUGUUGAUAUAAACAACAUGGCAACAGCUGAAAAUGUUAAUCGUGUUGGUUCUCGAUAGCAUCGAAACAGAAUGAGUUGAAAAUGUUGCAUUGUUAACAAAAAGAUUUUCAUAUGGUAUAAAUUUUAAUGUUUACGUGCCUAUUACAAAACACACAUCGAAAUUUUAACUCACUUUGUAUUGUAUCGGAAUUCUUUGCUCAAUUAAAUAUUAUGAGCUUCCACCUUCAACGCAUUGGUUUGAAUGGCCAAAUUAAUUGACUAAAUUAUACUUGUUUUGUGCUUGUCAUAAUAUAUAAAACCAAUAUAAAACGGACACUACCUUUAAACAUAUAUUUAUAGGAUUAAUAAAACUUUUGAAUCUAUCCAUUAAUUUAUCAUCUUUGUAAUCUAGUUUUCAAUAAGCAGUUUGACUUUUGGGGAUUUUUGAGUUUGCUGUUUGGAGUUCAACAAAUAUGAAUCUAUUAUUAAUAAGAUCGAAUGAAAAUUCAUCACCCGAAACAAUCGGCUUAUUGUAAACUUAGAACUCAUAAAGUCAUGCUGAAUGCUUCCCUACUUCCUCAGUAGGUAUACCUUGUAGUUCGAUAACUCUUGAAAUUAUUAAAUAUAAGAUUUUUUUUCUCUAUACAAUACUCACGAUUCUGUAAAAAUUAAGGAAAGGACACGCUUCCGUCCUGCAAAACUGCAAUGAUGAACAUGACGGUUUUUAUUUGAUCAACUUCAAUAUGAAUGUGGUGUCCAUUCCGUGUUAUCGUAUAUCAGUUUGUCACUUACCUUACAAAGGUAUUGAACAAUAAUAAAUGAGAUUUAAGAACAAAA